AUGCCACCCGCAUCCCUGACAUUUGAGCCACCAUCCGUGGUGGCAGUCUUCGCGUCGCAUGCGGUAUUGUCCUGGGAGCAACCACGCACCCCACACACCACGCCAUUCGCGGAGCACAUUGCGUGGGAGUAUCAGAUCGAGUACAACUGCUCCUGCAGAGUUAGGCAGCAGCCGUACCGCACCACGGGCAGUAACACCUUUGUUCUCUUGGCCACCCCACACGAGGGUGAGACGUACUAUGUGCGAGUGGUGGCCAAGGCCAGGUUUGCAGGAUCUACUGCCGGUCUCGUCUCCGCCAAGAUCGCAUUCACUGCGUCCUGCAAUGUGACCAUACCCUGGCGCUGCUCUGCCCGACCGCCGGUAUGCGUCUUCGAUGCGCUCUAUCUUAGCGCAAACGUGGAGGCCGAGGACAUCGCGGCACUGAGUGCCGCGCGCAGCUCUACCAUUGACAAUGCGGCAGCGCUCGACGGGAAGAGUGUCUGCUACACCCUUGAAGGCGAUGUUGCUGUGCACACGUAUCGCAUGCUCUACAGCGGCACCGCCGCCCUGCCGGUCGGGCAGGCAAGAACGGUAUACUACAUGGUGGCGACGACGCGGCUGCAUACAGGCAAGCGCACCCGCGCAACGGAGUUGCUGAGCAUGAUACAGCGCGAAGAGGCCUCGAUCGUGUUCUGCGGGAUUGGCGACGGUGGCCGUCUCGCCCUGUGCGCCGCCCUGACCUUCUUGUCGUUUCUCACGACGGCGUGCCCUGCUCUGUGCGCAUCGGUCCUGUGCAUCACCUACGGAACGCCCCGCCUGCUGUUAAAGGAGGGACCGCGUCUACUGGCACACACCCUCCCUCUAAGCGGGCAGCUCCUGCAUUUCACGCAGCUUCCACUGAUCGAGCACACGUCUCUCCUGAGCGACAUGGUAGCCCUAUCACAGCGGGGCUCUGGCGUCGCUGUCGACACACCACCGCUAGGCUACGCAAACGGAUUUUACCGCAACAUGCUCCUAGGGGCGCAGUGCCGGGUGACAGACGGGACUGGACUGCACUUCCGCUUCUCAUCGCCAGACGAGCUGUCUACCGAGGCGGAGGAGGCGGAGGUGUUUGACGUGGAGGGGCAGCUUCGCGCGUUGUCAGAGCUCUUCUUUCCAUCGUCGCCGCAAUGGCUGUCGCCGUCUGUUACUUCCGUCAGCUGCCGCACCGAAGGACCGCUGCUGCAUGUGAGUGUGGAGGGGGCUAACUUGCACUACUGUCCUCGGGUGUCGUUGACACCGUCGUAUCAUUUCGGCACUCCGCUCUUCCCGCGUGUCACCGCUAGCACUCCGCUUCAUCUCGAGUGCACUGCCUGCCUCCUGCCUUGGGUGCAGCAGCGCGCUGCUGGUGAUGGCUUGUGUAACGCGGCUCUAUUGAACAUAUCGGCGUUUCUCCUCGUGCAGACAUCCCUGGGCACAGCCUUUGCUCCGGCACCGGCGACGGUGGUGCUCCCGGAGGACUUGCUCGAACUGUUUUGCGCGGCGCAGCAGGGUUCUGCACCGUGGAGUGCCGAGGCUGCUCCGGGGCUUGUUGAGUGCGCCUUGCAGCUGCAGCCGCUUUAUUUCUUAACCGGCACCGACGGCGUCGCCUUUUCAACUGCCGCAGGCAAUGCGAUGCACAAUCCGCUUUUCGAGUCCCUGUGCACUCUCGCCUCUGCCGCUGAGGUCAUCCUCUCGUCUAGAUACGCCGGUGCGACGGCCAAGCCUGGUAGCGGUUUGCUGGGCCUCAUUAGUAGUGUAGGGGCUCGGCUCUCUGCCAGGACGGCAGACGCGCCGACGGGCGCGGUACCAGCACUGCGUGUGCCCGGCAUCGAGGUGGCCUACCUGAAGAACGCGCUCAAGGAGUGGAACGACACUGGCUUCACCGGCACCGAGGUGUGGAGGUCGCGAUGCGCGUCGUGGAGCCAGCGCAUCUUCGGCGGGCUGUCGCUUCUCAGUGGAACUUCGUACCGUAACACGCUUGUGCGAAUGCUCCGCGUGCUCGACGACGACGCGGAGGUUGACGAUGAUGCCCCGCUCGCGUGCAUCGAGGCGUGCUUGUACGCCCACACAAAGUACCACAUCAACGCCGCGCAAUCUUCACCGGUACACAUGGACCAGUUACUGUGCACAGAGCUCUCUCUUAGCAGCUUUUACGGCGCGGUUGCCCACAUCUUCAAGACUGAGGCCAGCUCGACUUCCGGCUCACCACUGCCGUAUCUCCGCGAGUCGAUGCUGCUGUGGGCCCUGUGCCACUGCUUUGAGCUGAGGCGUGAGGUGGCGCGAACGACAUUCUGCUGCAAUGUGGGGUGUGCAGGGUGCGGCGUCUCGACGCUCUCCUCAUGCAUCUCGUCGCUGUUGCACCACGAAGAGGCCCGGCACCAUAGGCGCCGUGGGACGUGCUUCCGCACGGUCCAGUGCCGCGUCGCGCCGAGUAGCCUAUCGGCUGUUUACUUAGCUGCGCAGACGGGUGUGCGGUGCUGCGUCUUCCUGGCUGCGGAGGCGGCAGACUUGACGAGAGCCGAGUACACCUCAAUGAACAUUCACAUUCAAGAGCACUUGACCUACGCUGGACAGCAUCUGUUCCGGGUGAUCACAAAGGCUGACGAGCACCUGCAGAGCUUCUCGGACCUGCGCAAGGGGCUUGAGAACGAGGCGUCAGUGGCUGCCUUGAUGCCACGGGUAGGUGCAGAGAUGUUGGGCGGGCGUGGCACAGAGGAGCAGCGGCUGGUGGUCGCCCUCGCCCCAUCGACCUCUCGCCUUCUGGAGCUUAUUGCUUGUACCCCCGCCGAGGUGGAGCAGUACGCGCAGAGACUGCGCUCAUACUCGGAGGCACUGCUCUUGGACUGUCUCCGCCUUGGAGUUCUUCGAGGGGAUGCCGACUGA